UCUGCACGUAUUGUCCAGCGGAAAGGGGGAUCAAACGGUGCACUAUAUAAGUGGUCCAUUCGUGCAGUGUCUCUUCAUUUAAUAUUGGACAGCGACACCCGUGAGAAAUGCCGAUGAGAGUUUAAUAGGUGGUUGAUUUCACCGGCCUUCGCCUUCCCUUCUUAUUUACCGGCGAUACAAAGAAGCUCUCUCCCGUCUCUCUGUGAUUCCGGGAGAGAAGAAGAAGAUAAAGUUGGUGAGGUGUAAGAUGGAAGGGGUGUCUGUGAAUUUAUUGAAGGGGUGGAAGGGGUACUGGAAGAGAAGAGAGUACGAGCGGCUGGACGGGAGUGGCCGGCGUCGAAAGGCCCGGGUGGAGUUAACGACGGUACGUCUGAACAGAAGGAAGCGGUUCUGGCGUAUCAGGAUCACGCCGAAGCUCCGGCUCAUCCGCAUCCCUUCCCCCAAGAAGCUUCUCAUACGACUUCGAGAUGCGUACGUGAGGAUGAUGCUUGGGUUCGCCAACACCGGCGUGUUCAGCAAUGGGUUUGGUGGGGGUGGAGCGGUCGGAGCUGGGUUUGCGAGGCCACCCUUGAAGGAGUACGAUGAGGCGGUGCUGGUUCAGAUCUAUAAGUCGUUGAUGGCUCAGGGACAGUUACUGCCUCGCGACGCCGGGAGACUAGCUGCCGAGAUCUCAUGUCGACGACGCUGAUUAUAUUAUAUUAAAUUAAAUAUGGGGUUUCUUCGGUUCUUCCUCUUACUUCCUAUUUUUCUUUUAUUUUUAAGUCUUUCUUAGCUUGUUUUCUCCGUCUAUGCUCUUCUCUUAAACUGUAAUUAACAAUAAUAAAAUUAAAAUGCUAUAAAUUAUCUGCUGCACUGUCUAUUUUGCUCCA